GACCCUAUUAAACAAAGUGUGGAAUUGGGGUGCUUCGCUUCCGAGUGUGUGAAGAAGCGUAGACUCUUCCACGGAGCUUGGAACCCAAUCAAUAUUCCAGCACCAGAUUUGUUUCUCAAACUAUAGCUCCAAUCAACUUCAUCACCCACCUUUUAUAGUUCUGGUAGUGCGGCCCUCUUUCUCUCUUCCCUUUCGCACUUACUUGGCAGGCAGCUUUCAGUUUCUAGUUUGUAUUUUUAACUGGACCGCUUUUUUCCCUGUUCACUCGAAUAUGGUGUGCUUUUCCAUGGUACAAGUGCCAUGCUUCCACUAAGGAAGCACAUAUUUUAACUGUCUACCUUUGCUUAGUUGAGUCAUUGUUGGCAAUAAUUCAAUUCUUCAAGUAUUCGCUCACUAUUCUGGCCUGUCUUCUUUAGAGCUCUAUUUCUCUCUCUAACUUUCGAUGUCAAUUCAGCCUUUGUUUACUGCGGCUUCAAGAAAAAUGAAAAAGUUAAAGCUUUUUUCAUCUUUUCUGGUAUAACUUCAAGCUCUGUGGUGUGCAUAGGGUCAGACAUUCUAUAAAGGUUUGGCUAUUUGAGUAUUUGGCAACUAUGAAGUUGGCGAUUCAAGCUGGAUAUCGGGUGAAUUAGUUCGAUUGGAACUUGGGUAUAGGUCGGUGAUUUAGAACCCUAUUGUUGAAUAAAGAUGGAUUCUUGGGGCUAUACCUCUGGAGGGAAGGGAUUUGCGUGUGACAAAUCUGUUUCUGAAGCUGAUGGCGUUGGAAGAAGAAGAAGUCAGAAUGGGUCAAUGAGUUGGGAAUUUAAGGCCCCAUGUAGCAUUGAAGGAACUAUAGCCUGUUCGGAUCAAGAAUGCUUGGAUGAAGUGGGUGCUCAAGAUUUCAGUGCAAAACCUAUGGGUAAUGAUGACGCCGUUAGUAGGGAUAUUGGUGGAACAGUUUUAGCAGCUUCCCAUGAUGCAUUUUCCAGGUCUGGAGAUGCAUCACUGAUUGACUUGCAGCUUGGGGGCAUUGGUAAUCAAAAGAGGGAUGCAAAUAUUACCAAUUCUCAAAAGGUGAACCACCUCACUGCUUCGUCUUCAGCUCUAUUGAGUACUCCCGUUAAGAGAAUGCGAGGUGGAGGGCAGCAGAGUUGUCAGAGCCCACUCUGCCAGGUUCUUGGUUGUGACAAAGAUCUCAGCAACUCCAAGGACUACCACAAGAGGCAUAGAGUGUGUGAGGCUCACACCAAGACUUCUAAGGUUAUUGUAAAUGGCAUUGAACAACGGUUUUGUCAGCAAUGUAGCAGGUUCCAUUUGUUGGCUGAAUUUGAUGAUGGUAAGCGUAGUUGCCGCAAACGUUUAGCUGGUCAUAAUGAGCGUAGGAGAAAGCCUCGUGCUGGUCUGAACCCUGGCGGCACUGCAGGGAGGCAUUUCCAGUCGUAUUCGGCAGGUGCCUGUUUUCAGGGGACUGCUUUUGCCACAUCAUCUAUUGUCUGCCAAGACAUACUUCCCAGCAGCCUUCCCCAUCCACCAAAAUACGAGACAAAUGAGGACUGGUUUACAAAUGCUAAAGCUGUGGAUGGGAUCAACUUUAGCCCUCAACUAGUAACUAUUCCAUUAGCUAAUGGGAAAUCACAGCCAAUACCUCUUUUCCCUUCGUAUAAUCAUCCAAACAAACACUGCCCUUCACAUAGUAACUCAUAUCCGCAUCACAUGGAUGCCCCAAAUUUGACUUCCCAAAAUCUCUUUGGUAGCUGUUCAGGGGGGAGUGAAGCUUUCAAUACUUUUAACACAUCAUCAACCAUCCAGAGCCUGUCAGGGAUGUCAUGUUCCGACCGUGCUCUCUCUCUUCUGUCACCUCAGUCACAGACUUCUUCCAACCAUUCAUCUAUGGUUUCCACAUCUCACCACCACCUGAUUAGUCCCGGAACUAAUGCAUCGCCUCUUUACAGCAACAUGGCACGUGUGUCCAAAAACCAUUUAGGGGCUAGCCCACCUGCCUCCACAAGUGGGCUGUCAAGCACUUUGAAUUCACCUGGAAUUAAUUCUUCUGAUGAGGCUCGCCUGGAACAGAUGUUGUUUUCCAACAGGAUUGAUCAACAAGUUUCAGAAUAUGUGGAUGAGAAGAGUCAAAUUUGUGGUGAAGAUGGUGGCCCCACCAUCAAUUUGCUUCAGUUGUCCUCACGGCUUCAGCAAGUGCAGCAUCAAAGGCAGGAGAAUGAUGUCUUCUUUUCUAGACAAAGAAUCACGUGAAUGAACCCCGUUCCGCUGCAAUUAUGAUAGCUUAUUAUGUUUUAAAAGCGUGCAUUGGUGUCGGUAUAAGCUGUAGUCUGCCCUUUUUCCAGGUAACUCAGAAGGAAGAAGUGAAGAAGAUUGAAAGUCGGCAAAGCACACAUAUUUUGAAGUUUGCUGUUGUUAUCUUCUCCAGCUCUCUUCCAUAAUUUGCCAUUUAGUGUGUCCUUGAUGAUUGACGCUGCAGAAGCUGACUGUAAUCCUGACUCUACUCCAAUUGUAUAUGAAUCCCUUUUUUCCUGUCUAGCUCUUUCGUUGUCCGAAUUUCACAUUUCAUAUUUGACAUUUGUUUGAGAAUAGUCUAUUUGCUCAACGCAUUUUUCACAGACCUUCAUCAUUAUUGUUCUUUCCAAAAUAAUGGUGUGGUUUGUUGUAAUUCAAAAUCACUCAGCUUAGCUCAAAAUAUGAUUGUUUACCAAUAUUUUAUAUUUUAUAGAAAAGAUUGC